AUGUCCGCCAAUCUGGACUUUGACGCCCGCGUCCCCAUCCCCUUCAGUGUCUUCCCGUCGUCGUACCGGAGUGACGCUGUCUCUGAAACUGCUCAGACGCGAGUAGAGGGAGAAGUUCAACUCGAUCGCACUUCGCACGUCGAACGGGAAGAUACUCAAGCCCCUCUCCCAGACCCCCGUGUCUUUGGAAAAGAAGAAGUCGAUAUCCGCAUUCAGGAUCGCCAAUACUCUGGUCCCGCUGCCGCUGCUCCCCCUGCGCCAGUCUACGCUCAGCAAACCUACAAUCAGCAGGCCUACAAUCAGCCAGCUUACCCUCAGCCUUACACCGCCGAGGUUGACUUGACCCGCGAACGGUACAACUACCAGCCCCAGUCCGCUGCUCGCUACCAGCAACAACCCCAAGUUUACGACCAGCCUGUUGUUGAGACCCAGCUCGACAUCACUGAGAGAGAUUACCGUCGCCGGACCUCUCCCACUUACGACGUCAACGUCUCCUACGACCGUCGUUACCAGCAGCCCGUAGACCGUUCCCAGCCGCCGGCUCCUGUCGCCGACUUCUCGUACGACCGCGCUUACCCUUCGCAGCCCUCCGCCCCUUACAAAGGCGAAGCUUAUACCCGUUCCCAAGUCGACGUCUCCCGUACUUCGUGUGCCGCCCCCGCCGAACCCAAGGCUCCUUCAGCUUCUUCCAAGACUACUACAGUUCGUGACACCGCCCCAACUCGCAAGAUGGGUUACUACGACGACGAGGGUCAGUACCACUCCUUCCGCCGUGGCGUUCAACGUGCGGCCGAUCACCUGCUGCACCCUUUCCAUGACCGCCACGAGGAAGUAGUUAUUGACAAGCAACGCUCUUCAGCUCCCGCUCCUGUGACCGUCGCCAUUCCCUGCCACUUCAUCCGCAUCGGCGACAUCCUGAUCCUUCAGGGCCGCCCCUGCCAGGUGAUCCGCAUCUCGGUCUCCUCCCAGACCGGCCAGCACCGCUACCUCGGUGUUGACCUGUUCACUCGCCAACUCCAGGAGGAGUCUAGCUUCGUCUCUAACCCCUCCCCCUCCGUUGUUGUCCAGACCAUGCUGGGUCCUGUCUACAAGACCUACCGCAUUCUCGACGUCAACGUCGACUCUACCAUCACCGCCAUGACCGAGACCGGUGAUGUCAAGCAGGGUCUCCCCGUCAUCAGCCAGAACUCUCUGUUCACCCGCAUCAGCGAGUCGUUCGCUGAUGGCCGGGGCUCCGUCCGUGCUCUCGUCAUCAACGACGGUGGCCGUGAGCUCGUUGUCGACUACAAGGUCAUUCACGGUUCCCGCCUGUAA